CUAACACUCAACUAGCAAUAAAGAGAUCAGUGCUUACCAUUCAUCUGAUUGUAUCGAUUCUUACUCGAACAUCAAUGGCACACCAGCAACUUUCUUCGCAGUCCGCCAUCGUGGGCAGUGAAGAAGAUGAUGAGGAAGCCAUUGAUGAACUCAUUGCUUCACUUCCCCAAAGGAAAGGCGUGGUUCGUCCUUUCCAGUCCCUCUACCAAAACUUCUGGUGCCCCACCUAUGUGCUUCCGAACGUGAUUGCGUUCCAGCGGCACUUCCAAGCGAAACACAAGGACAUACUCCUGGUUUCUCAGCCCAAAUCGGGGACCACCUGGCUCAAGGCCCUGGUGUUCUCCGUCGUCAACCGCUCCCACUUCGACAUCUCCAGCACGCCCUUGCUCACUUCCCACCCCCAUCACCUCGUCCCUUUCUUCGAGUACCAGCUGUAUGGAAGCAACCCGAGGCCUGACCUCGACGGCCUGGCAGAGCCGCGGCUCUUCUCGACGCACAUCCCUUACGCAUCCUUGGCGGAGUGCGCCAAGCGGUCGGACUGCCGGAUCAUAUACAUCUGCCGGAACCCAUUGGACACCGUGGUUUCCUCUUGGCACUUCUACCUCGAGAUGGCGCGGUCGCAGGACCAGCCGGAGUGGUCCCUGGAAGAGCAUUUCGAGACGUAUUGCCAAGGAAAAACAUCGUUCGGGCCCUUUUGGGAACACAUGGUGGGGUAUUGGAAGGAGAGCUUGGAGAGGCCACACAAGGUGUUGUUCCUCAAGUAUGAGGACUUGAAGGAAGACAUUGUAGGACAGCUGAAGAAGGUGGCCGGGUUCGUGGGGCUUCCCUUCACCGAGGUGGAAGAGGAGGGAGGUGUGAUCCAACAGAUAGCCAAAAUGUGUAGCCUGAAGACCCUCAAGGACCUGGAGGUCAACAAAUCCGGCGAAUUGCCGGCGAUGAAUAUCAAGGUUGAGAAGAGAAGCUAUUUCAGGAAAGGGGAGGUGGGCGAUUGGGUCAACCAUCUCACUCCUUCCAUGGUGGAUCGCCUCAGUAGCAUCAUGAAAGAGAAGAUGAGCCCCUUUGGGUUACAGUUCAAAACACGUUAAGUGUGGAUCACUUUCACUUUCUCUGCGUGUGCGUGUGCCAUUAGGAAUAAGCCAAGUUAAUAAUGGAUGGAUCUGCCGUUCAU